CGUCGGCCGGAGCCGUCACCCCGGGCGGGACCGAGCGCAGGCGACGACGCGCGGCGGCCCGGCCGAGGGAGGGAGCGAGCGAGCGGGCGGGCGAGCCAGAGAGCGGGUAGGAGGCAGCCGCUGGCGCCCGAGGGGCCGAGCGAGAUUGUAAACCAUGGCUGUGUGGAUACAAGCCCAGCAGCUCCAAGGAGAUGCCCUUCAUCAGAUGCAAGCACUGUAUGGUCAGCAUUUCCCCAUUGAGGUGCGCCAUUACUUAUCCCAGUGGAUUGAAAGCCAAGCUUGGGACUCAAUAGAUCUUGAUAAUCCACAGGAGAACAUUAAGGCCACCCAGCUCCUGGAGGGCCUGGUGCAGGAGUUGCAGAAGAAGGCCGAGCACCAAGUGGGGGAAGACGGGUUCCUACUGAAGAUCAAGCUGGGGCACUACGCCACGCAGCUCCAGAACACGUACGACCGCUGCCCCAUGGAGCUGGUGCGCUGCAUUCGCCACAUUCUGUACAAUGAGCAGAGGCUGGUCCGAGAAGCCACCAAUGGUACUUCUCCGGCUGGAAGUCUCGCUGAUGCCAUGUCCCAGAAACACCUUCAGAUCAACCAGACAUUUGAGGAGCUGCGACUGGUCACGCAGGACACAGAGAAUGAGCUGAAGAAGCUGCAGCAGACUCAAGAGUAUUUCAUCAUCCAGUAUCAGGAGAGCCUGAGGAUCCAGGCUCAGUUUGCCCAGCUGGCCCAGCUGAACCCCCAGGAGCGACUGAGCCGGGAGACGGCCCUCCAGCAGAAGCAGGUGUCCCUGGAGGCCUGGCUGCAGCGCGAGGCCCAGACGCUGCAGCAGUACCGCGUGGAGCUGGCCGAGAAGCACCAGAAGACCCUGCAGCUGCUGCGGAAGCAGCAGACCAUCAUCCUGGAUGACGAGCUGAUCCAGUGGAAGCGGCGGCAGCAGCUGGCGGGGAACGGAGGCCCCCCCGAGGGCAGCCUGGAUGUGCUACAGUCCUGGUGUGAGAAGUUGGCGGAGAUCAUCUGGCAGAACCGGCAGCAGAUCCGCAGAGCCGAGCACCUCUGCCAGCAGCUGCCCAUCCCCGGCCCCGUGGAGGAGAUGCUGGCUGAGGUCAACGCCACCAUCACUGACAUCAUCUCAGCCCUGGUGACCAGCACAUUCAUCAUCGAGAAGCAGCCCCCUCAGGUCCUGAAGACCCAGACCAAGUUCGCGGCCACCGUGCGCCUGCUGGUGGGCGGGAAGCUGAACGUGCACAUGAACCCGCCCCAGGUGAAGGCCACCAUCAUCAGCGAGCAGCAGGCCAAGUCACUGCUCAAGAACGAGAACACCCGCAAUGAUUACAGCGGGGAGAUCCUGAACAACUGCUGUGUGAUGGAGUACCACCAGGCCACAGGCACCCUCAGCGCCCACUUCAGGAACAUGUCCCUGAAACGAAUUAAGAGAUCUGACCGACGUGGAGCGGAGUCGGUGACAGAAGAGAAAUUUACCAUCCUGUUUGAAUCACAGUUCAGUGUUGGUGGAAACGAGCUGGUGUUUCAAGUCAAGACCCUGUCUCUCCCAGUGGUGGUGAUUGUUCACGGCAGCCAGGAUAACAAUGCGACGGCCACCGUUCUCUGGGACAACGCUUUUGCAGAGCCUGGCAGGGUGCCGUUUGCGGUGCCCGACAAAGUCCUGUGGCCGCAGCUGUGCGAGGCGCUCAACAUGAAAUUCAAGGCUGAGGUGCAGAGCAACCGGGGCCUGACCAAGGAGAACCUGGUGUUCCUGGCGCAGAAGCUGUUCAACAGCAGCAACAGCCACCUCGAGGACUACAACGGCAUGUCCGUGUCCUGGUCCCAGUUCAACCGGGAGAAUUUACCCGGACGGAAUUACACUUUCUGGCAGUGGUUUGACGGUGUUAUGGAAGUGCUAAAGAAACAUCUCAAGCCUCAUUGGAAUGACGGGGCUAUCUUGGGUUUCGUGAACAAGCAACAGGCCCACGACCUGCUUAUCAACAAGCCAGACGGGACCUUCCUGCUGAGGUUCAGUGACUCUGAAAUCGGUGGCAUCACCAUUGCCUGGAAGUUUGAUUCUCAGGAAAGAAUGUUUUGGAAUCUGAUGCCUUUUACCACCAGAGAUUUCUCCAUCCGGUCCCUGGCUGACCGCCUGGGAGAUCUGAGUUACCUUAUCUACGUGUUUCCUGACCGGCCCAAAGAUGAAGUGUACUCCAAGUAUUACACCCCAGUUCCAUGCGAGCCUGCCACUGCUAAAGCAGUGGACGGAUACGUGAAGCCACAGAUUAAGCAAGUGGUCCCUGAGUUUGUGAGCGCCUCUGCAGACUCUGCCGGAGGCAGCGCCACCUACAUGGACCAGGCUCCCUCCCCAGCCGUGUGCCCCCAGCCUCACUAUAACAUGUACCCACAGAACCCCGACCCCGUCCUUGACAACGAUGGUGACUUCGAUCUGGACGACACGAUCGACGUGGCGCGGCGUGUGGAGGAGCUCCUAGGCCGACCCAUGGACAGUCAGUGGAUCCCCCACGCACAGUCGUGACGCCCCACCCCCUGCCCCAUCGCCAUCUCUAGCUUCUUCAUCCUCGCCAGAGGAGUUACUUUUGUGGAUGUUUUAAUUCCAUGAAUCGCUUCUCUUUGGAAACAAUACUCAUAAUGUGAAGUGUUAA